AAAAAUUCGACAUUCUUCUCAGGAUCCAAUACAUAUAUUUAAGAUCCGGUAAAAUAUUCUUCAUCCAAAUAAUCUGUUAAUAAUUAUAUUUCAAACAAAUUAUUCUUGUGUAAGAAAAUAUGGGAAACUGUUGCAAAGCAGCUUCAUCAAUGGAGUGGGGUGGAGAGGACUGGGAAUCUUUGAAGCAGCCAAAGCCAUGUUCAUCAUCCUCAUCAAGUAAGGUGUUUGACGAAGCUGCUUAUCUUGAUCAUCGUCACAAUAAGCAGAACGAUGUAUUAGAAAAGCUUAGAGCUUCUUGUGAUGCAAAUGGUAAAGUCACGUUGAAGAUUUCAAAGUGCGAAUUAGCUCAAUUAUUGGGAGCGAUACAACAGAGUAGUAAUCAACAGCCGCAGAAGCAGAUGAACAAGAAGAAGGAAUUAGGUUCAGCAGAACAAGUUCUGUUUCGGUUGAUAAAAGCUAGAGACCAUGAAAUUGCAAAUAAACAUCACUGCAGUAGUCACUGGAGACCGAUGCUAGACACUAUUCCUGAAUGUUAAUUACUAUAAUUAUGUUUAUUGUUUAGCUAUAGCCAUGAACAUUUUGGUUCCUUGUGUAAUCUCCUCUUUAAUUAUCUAAGUGAAGAUGCAUAUAUUUGAUCGUUGGAAAUA